ACCGCCCGCCGGCGGCCUCCGCGUCACCCGCGCUCGCGGUGGCCACAACAUGGCUGCGGCGCCGGGGCUGCUGCUCUGGCUGCUCCUGCUCGGGCCGCUCUGGUGGGUCCCGGGCCAGCCGGACCCGAGCCUCGGCCGGCGCUUCUCGGACUUCAAAGUGUGCGGGGACAAAGAGUGCAGCAUGCUAAUGUACCGUGGUGCAGCUGUUGCAGACUUCACAGGCCCUGAUUGUCGUUUUGUGAAUUUUAAAAAAGGUGACCAGGUGUAUGUCUACUACAAACUUGCAGGGGGCUCCCCUGAAGUUUGGGCUGGAAGUGUUGGACAAGUCUUUGGAUAUUUUCCAAAAGAUUUGAUCAAGGUCCUUCAAAAAUAUACAGAAGAAGAGCUACAAGUUCCAGCAGCUGAGACAGAUUUUGUCUGUGUUGAAGGAGGAAGAGAUGCUUUUGAUAGUUAUAAUGUAGAAGAACUUUUAGGGUCUUUGGAACUGUAUGACUCUGCAUCUGAUGAGUCUGAGAAAGCUAAAGAAGUUUCUCAGCAGGGAGUGAAAUUUCUUGAAGGAGCUCAGGAGACUGAACUUGACCCUAUACCUGAGCCCGAGUCAGUCAGAGCUGACUUGGGGGAACGAGAAGGUACGUUCUCAGAGAGCACUGAGGAACUGCAGGAACAGUCCUCAGCUCCAGAGAGCCACCCUCAGGCCAAUGGUGCAGCAGACAGUGCUCAGGGAGUGCAGUCUUCACUGGACAAUUUUGAAGAAAUGCUGCACGAUAAACUGAAGGUGCCAGGAAGUGAGAACAGAACCAGCAAUGGUUCUCCCAUCUCAGUGGAGCAGGAGAAGGUAGAUGCUUACAAAGUCCUGAGAACAGAGAUGACUCUGGACUUGAAAACCAAGUUUGGCUCCACUGCCGAUGCACUGGUGUCUGACGAUGAGGCAACCAGGAUGGUCACUUCAUUAGAAGAUGAUUUCGAUGAAGAACUGGAUGCUGAGUAUUACCCAAUGGAGAAUGAAAAAAAGGAGAAUGUGGACAACUUUGAUGAGCUGCUGUUACCAUCCUUUACAGAGGAAGAAGAUGAAAAAGCCCCAGGGAAACUUGGGAUGGAGAAAUAUUCAACAGAUAAGGAUCCGAACUUGAGUGAAGAGGAUAAAGUUGAGCCCACUCUGCCUCCUGGCAUCCAAAGUGACAAUAAAGAUUUAUUGACAACUUGGGGGGACACUUUGUUCUCUAUUGUCACAGGAGGUGAAGGAAAAACAGGCGAGGUAGAUUUAGAGAGUUCUAACCCAGAGGAAGACAAGAAGGAGGAUGUGCUGGUUUCAGCUAGCCAUCAGAGGAAACCACAGUCAACAGCUGGCUAUGUGGAUCCUGAGGAUGAAGAAGAUGAUCUUUUUGUAGAAGACUCCAAAACCGAUGGUGAAAAGGACUCUGAAACAGACCAAGAUCUUGUUAUUAUGGGAGAAGAAAAGCCAAUACAGGACUCCAGGAGAGGCCUAGCACACCAUGAGUCCAAAUCAGAGGUUGUAGAGUCAGAAACAGUGAGUGCUUAUCAUCCUCAGAGUAGCAAGCUUAACCCUCUACCAGCUGCUGAAAAGGGCAAAGAAUUGACAUUAAAAGCAGUCUUUGAAAAAAAAGAAAAUGGCCUAAAAGAACCAGUUAUCCAUAUCUCAAAGGAAACACCCCAUGAAGAGAAGACCAGAGAGGGCUUAGAGAGUGAAUCGGCACCUAGAGCUGUGGUGAGUCCAGGGACAGAAAAUAGCAGCAAACAUGAAUCCUUGGGUGCCACACCACUCUUGGGAGAUCAUCAGCCUGAUGCAUCCCAGGACAGUACGGAAGUCACAGGUGCUUCUGUCAGUGGGCCAAAAGUGGACCAACAGGAGGGAUUUCAGAACCAACCUAGAUUCUCCUCUUCAGAAGAAACUGCUCUUUCAAGAGAACUGAGGGAGAAAGUUCCUACUCUGGGAAGAAAUCUUUCUUGGCAGCAGCAAGAGGGAGAUGUAGCUGUUGUAGAGGGCAGGGAAGACCCUGCAGAUGUGGAACCACCCCACCCCCAGGCCACACAAGGGACACAGGAGGCUGAUAGCCUCAAAGUACCCAGUGUCCAAAUCCAAGGGCCAGAAGCAGAGGAGGGAGAUUAUCCCCCUGAGGAGCUACUGGAGGAUGAAAAUGCUGUGAGCGCACGGCAGUCUACAGGGAACCACCCCGGGGUUCAGGACAGGAGGUCAGCUAUGAAUUCUCGGGUUUUUGAAAAAGUAAUUUUGGGGACCCUUAAUCUUGACACUGAAGAAAACAAACAAGCAACUAAUAUGAUUUUGGAGACUGGAAAAAAGAGUAAAACUACAUCAGAAGAGGCAGAUGGCACCGACAAGGAGUCAGGCACUGUGGGGGUGGACAAAGAAAACAGCCAUCUGGCAGAUGUGAGAGCUCAGGGGCCAUCUGAAGUCGAUGGCCUUCAUGAGAAGAUGGCAGCUCACACUGCAGGCUUCGGGGAUGCCAUUCAGAGUAAAGAUCCUGAUACCCUACAAAAAGACAACCCCGAGGAACUAGUUAACACCUUGGGACCUGUGGAGAUUCCCAGGGGAGAAGAGUUGUCAGAAGGGGAUCCUGAGGAUCCUGAGGAGUUUGGAGGCUCAGAAAGCCAGGUGCCUGAUGCUGAAGACCUUGGAGAUGGCUCAUCCCAACAAGCUAUCCCCGAAAUUCCCGACAUAGUGCUUAAGAGCGUGAGGGAAGACUUGCCCAUCAUAAACAGUUUCUUCAAGGACCAGAAGUCCCUGUAUCGCUUCCUGAAGUACUUUGAUGUCCACGAGCUGGAGGGCAUGCUGCAAGAUAUGUCAAUAAGGCUGAAGUCAGCACAUCGGGACAGCCUGCCCUACAACGUAGAAAAAGUCCUGGAUAAAGUCUUCCGUGCCUCUGAGUCACGAAUUCUAAGUGUGGCACAGAAUAUGCUUGAUACUGGAGUGACCAAAAAUAGAGAUCUCGGGACACAAGAGAACAGCUUGUUAGAAGCUGCGGUGUUGGAUGAUGUACAAGACCUGAUCUAUUUUGUCAGGUACCAAUACUCUGGAGUGGAGACUGCCCCACUGGCCACACCUCCACCUCAGGAGAAAGACGAGGCCCGGCCAAUAGAAGAGGUGUGGCCACUCCAGCAGGACAACUUACCACAAGAAAACACAGGAGAUCUUAAUGUGCACCUUCUGGAGGAGCCUGGACUCUUGGAUCAACCUGUGACCGGUGUGCAGCUUCCAGAGGAGCCUGGUCUCUUGGAUCAACCUGUGACUGGGCACAUGAGUGCCUCAGAGGUGAAGUCAAAUACUGAGAAAGACAUAGAUCCAGAUUUCCUUGUAACCAAAGUCUCUCCUGCUGGGGCUGGUGAUGCAGAAAAGCACCUGGAGACAAGGGCGGAGGAGCCAGCCAGUAUCUCACCUCUGGAAAACCCACUUGGUUCCCUGUAUUCCUUCAUUCUUUAUUUAAGUAAGAUGUUAAUUGCCACGUUGCCUGAUAAUGUUCAGCCUGGCCCUGACUUUUAUGGACUACCAUGGCAGCCCGUGAUUGCUACUGCAGUAUUGGGAAUUGUUUCAUUUGCAAUUUUCUCCUGGAGAACUAUGCUUGUUGUAAAGAGUAGAGUAUAUCAAGUUACUGAGAAGCAAAUUUCUGAAAAAUUGGAGACUAUCAAGAAAGAAAAUGCAGAACUUAUGCAAAAACUGUCCAAUUAUGAACAAAAGAUCAAGGAAUCAAAGAAAUAUGUUCAAGAAACCAAGAAACAAAAUGUGAUUCUCUCUGAUGACGCUAUUAAAUACAAGGAUAAAAUCAGGGCACUUGAAGAAACCAAUGAAAUUCUGGGUGACAAAGCCAAAAGUCUUCAUCUUAUGUUAGAAUCUGAAAGAGAACAGAACGUCAAGAAUCAGGGCUUGAUACUGGAAAACAAGAAGUCUAUCGAGAAGUUGAAGGAUGUCAUUUCGAUGAAUGCAUCAGAACUUUCAGAGGUUCAGAUUGCCCUGAAUGAAGCCAAGCUUAGUGAAGAGAAUGUAAAAUCUGAAUGUCAUCGGGUUCAAGAAGAAAAUGCCAGGCUUAAGAAGAAGAAGGAGCAGUUGCAGCAGCAGAUUGAGGAGUGGAGUAAAUCACAUGCUGAGCUUACUGAACAAAUCAAGUCAUUUGAGAGGUCCCACAAAGACUUAGAAGUAGCUCUGACUCACAAAGAUGACAAUAUUGAUGCUUUGACCAAUUGCAUCACACAGUUGAAUCGGGUAGAGUGUGAACUUGAAUCUGAGGAUCAGAAUACAAGAGGAAAUGAGUCAGAUGAGCUGGCCAAUGGAGAAGUGGGAGGUGACCGAAGUGAGAAAAUGAAAAAUAGAGUUGAGCAGAUGAUGGACAUCUCUCGGACACAAACUGCAGUCUCAAUAGUUGAAGAGGAUCUAAAACUUUUACAACUUAAGCUGAGAACAUCGAUGUCCACUAAAUGUAACCUGGAAGGCCAAAUCAAGAAACUGGAAGAUGACUGCAGCUCUCUGCAGACUGCUAAAGCCGGGCUGCAAGAUGAGUGCAGAACUCUGAAGCACAAAGUGGAGAUCCUGAACGAGCUCUACCAGCAGAAGGAGAUGGCUCUGCAGAAGAAACUGAGUCAAGAAGAGUAUGAGCGGCAAGACAGAGAGCAGCGUCUCUCAGCUGCAGAUGGAAACGUGGUGUUGGCUGCUGAGGAAGUCAAAACUUACAAGCGGAGAAUUGAGGAAAUGGAAGAAGAGUUACAGAAAACAGAACAGUCAUUUAAAAGCCAGAUCGCUGCGCACGAGAAGAAAGCUCAUGAAAACUGGCUCAAAGCCCGUGCUGCAGAAAGAGCCAUGGAAGAGGAGAAGAGAGAAGCUGCUAACUUAAGGCACAAAUUACUGGAAAUAACCCAAAAGAUGGCAAUGAGGCAAGAUGAACCUGUGAUCGUAAAACCAAUACCAGGAAGACCGAAUACACAAAACCCUCCCCGGAGAGGUCUACUGAGCCAGAAUGGUUCUUUUGGCCCAUCCCCUGUGAGUGGUGGAGAAUGCUCCCCUCCCCUACCAGCAGAGCCACCUGGGAGACCUCUUUCCGCCACACUCAGUCGAAGAGACAUGCCUAGAAGUGAAUGUGGGUCAUUGGACAGGCAUUUACCUAGCCCUCGAUGGUCAUCAGAGGCUUCUGGGAAACACACUGCUUCUGACCCAGGUCCAGCUCCUGUGGUGAACAGCAGCUCCAGGAGCUCCUCUCCAGCGAAGGCCACAGAUGAGGGCAAGCCAACUGUUCCCCAAGAGCCUGACGACCCCUUAGGUUCCAGCAUGGCCCCUUUAGCUGAGCAUCCAGUAGCAGUUAACACGGCUCCCAAAGGGCCCCCUCCAUUUCCAGGGGUGCCUCUCUUGGGUGCCCCUUUGGGAGGCCCCAUGCCACCACCCAUUCGAUAUGGACCACCUCCUCAGCUAUGUGGGCCUUUUGGGCCUCGGCCACUUCCUCCUCCUCCACCGUUUGUUCCAGGCAUGCAUCCACCAUUAGGCAUAAGAGAAUAUGCACCAGGUGUUCUGCCUGGAAAACGGGACCUGCCUGUUGACCCUCGGGAAUUUUUACCAGGACACAUACCAUUUAGACCUCCAGGUUCACUUGGUCCAAGAGAGUACUUUAUUCCUGGUACCAGAUUACCACCUCCAAUUCAUGGUCCUCAGGACUACCCGCUGCCACCACCUGCUGCAAGAGACUCACUGCCUUCCGGCCCAAGAGAGGAAGCCCCACCUGCCUCUCCAAGCAGUGUCCAGGACCAUUCACAGGCUUCAAAACCCAGCCCCUAACUUUGACCUCUGUCAUGAGUCAGAGAGAAAGCGGACAAUGCAUUAUUCAUUACAGCAAAGGAUUUCAUUGGCUUCAAAACCUGAAAGUUUGUUUUACAAAGUUUGUUUUUAGUACUAAGCUGCCUUGGCAGUGUGCAUUUUUGAGCCAAACAAAAAAUACUAUUUUCCCUUCUAGGUAAACAUCACCUCUUAAGCUAGAGUGUCCUUCCAACUUUGAAAUGUGCAAUAAAGAAUACCUGUGUUUAGUUCAUGUAGCAUAUGUAAUUGCUAAAUGAUUUAGAAUAUCAUAACAUAUGAACAUUUCCUGUGGAAAUGCUUUAAGAACACGUAUUUCCAUGGCCUUGGUUUAGUGUGUGCCAGCUGAUACAGAGCAAGGUGUUUACAGCUCCCCCUCUGUCUCUCAAAGACUGUUACGCUAAAAAACAUUUACUCAAGGAUCAUAAAAUCUCCUGUUGCUAAAGUUCUUUGUAGUAAUAGUUCAUAAACUUUGUUUAUUAAUAUUUUC